AUGAAGUGUCACGCCGCCACGAGCACCGAGCACGCCAUCCUCUGGGGCUCUGAGCUGGGCACCAAUUCGCGCCUCAACAAAUCGGUGCACGCCUCCGCCGUCUUGGAGGAGCUCAAGCAGGAUACGUUGUUCUUGAUCGGUUCCAUCGGCGUGUUCGGCGCGGCCAUCUUAUGCCUGUGCUUGUCGACUUGUGUGCUUGGCUGUCAGGUGAUCAAACUGCAAAAAGCGAUCAAGCCGACGGUGGCGAAAGAGCCGAGCGUGAGCCCAAGCCCGAAAGUGCCGCCGGUGGUGAAUGAUGUGGAGAGCGUCGCUUCGAAGCGCGAUUCCACGACGAGCACCGCCGAUGGGCACAGACUUUCGAAGCAGGAGACCCUCGAGAAAGAGGGCAACGACGGCCACUACGAGGAUUGUUCCUUCAGCAAGCCGGUCACGCCAAAGCACACCGAAGCC